AUGUUGGAAGGAGUUGAAGAACUCGAUUUGGAUUUCUUUGGUGCAACCAGCCAUCUUUUGUUCCCUUUCGAUCUAAGUAGCAUUCAUUCGCUAAGAAUCCUUGAGCUUUCCUUUUGUCAGAUCAAUUUUCCUUUGACGCUGAACAACUUGCAUCUCCUUGAGACGCUUGUUCUUUCUAGGGUGAGAAGUCCUGAAGAUCUAAUCUUAGCCGGGUUCAAAACUGUAAGCUCCUUGAAGAAUUGCUUUGAAAAUAUAGCCCGGCUGAGGGAUGCCGUGCUAAAUAUUGCGGCCCCUGGGGGCCUGAAACUCAACCACCAAAUCAAAGAUAUCAUAUGGGAUCUUGCCCGUCUCCGUACUCUCACUGUCAGCGCUAGCUUUGUAGAGGAUUUAUGCCCGACUUACAAAGGUGGAGCACUUCAAAGAAUGCAGUUUUCCCUUCUGCUCUUGAGUGAAGUGCAGCUGCUGAUGGAAGACGCAAUCUAUUGCAAUCACUUUGACAUCGCUCUUUUCCUGAUGAACUGCCCCUGUGUCGAAAAGCUCUUCAUUGAUCUCAAUGGUUGGCCCUUCCAGGGCAGCGUUUAUUGGAAAAUGUACCUGAAGCAAGGGCUCGAGCAGAUCCAAUAG